CUCCAUUUCAUUCUUCAUUAUUUAUUCAGAUAUAGUUAUAAUUGUUCAUUGUUGUUGCGAUUCAUAUAUUGUACAGUAUAUAUUACACUAAUACUCAAAAGUUAAUUCGGAAGUAUUAAAGUUUUUUAAGUAGGUAUAAAUUGUGCGAAAUUUAUAGUGUCAAUAAAAAUGGAAAUAUCCUUCAAAGGCAAAAGGAUUCUAGUAACCGGUGCUGGACAAGGAAUUGGACGCGGUAUUGCUAUAGAAUUAUGGAGAGCUGGUGCAAAUAUAGUAGCUUUAUCUAGGACGAGAACUCACUUGGAGAGUUUACAAAGCGAAUAUCCGUCGAUAGACAUAGUGGACAUCGAUAUUGCAGACUGGAAUAAAACAAGAGAGGUGGUUGAAUCUCUGGGUCACUUUGAUGCGCUUGUAAAUAAUGCUGCUUUUGCAUCAUGCGAACCCUUUCUCGACUGUACACCUUCAGAUUAUGAUAAAACCUUUAAUGUCAAUGUAAAAGCUGUUCUUAAUAUAAGUCAAAUAGUUGCAAGAAAAAUGGUAGAAAAUAAGACACAUGGUGCAAUCGUAAACAUAUCCUCUCAAGCCUCUAAGGCAGCCUUAAAAGAUCAUACCAUAUACUCUGCUUCCAAAGCAGCUGUUGAUGCCCUGACUCGUGCCAUGGCAUUGGAACUAGGUCCCCAUGGUAUCAGAGUAAAUGCCGUAAAUCCUACUGUCAUCAUGACAGAAAUGGGUAAAGUUGGUUGGUCUGAACCCAGUAGAGCGAAUGAAAUGCUUUCGAAAAUACCAUUACAUAGAUUUGGUGAAGUAUCGGAAGUAGUUAAUGCUGUGGUUUUCCUCUUAAGUGAAAAAUCCAGCAUGAUAAAUGGUGUAGAACUACCUAUCGAUGGAGGCUUUCUUGCUACAUAAAAAUCUCACGUUUUUAUUUUACCAAAGUUAUAAGAUGUCUAAAUUUUGUAUUUUGAUAUAUUAUUAGAUUAUUAACACUAUUUUCUUUUUAUAAUAUACUUAAUCAUUUAUUGACCAAAGAAAGUUAUACCAACAAUUAUGUUAUAGUAUAAUAUAAUUCUAUAUAUGUAAAAAAGUAAUUCUGCAUUAAUUUGUAUUGCAUUGUUUGCCAUUUAUAAAAAAUAAGUUAGAUUUAAAUGUUCUUUAUGGCUUGCUUUAAUAAUUUUAAGAGCAACUCCACUUCUCCAGUCAUAAAGAACUUUAAUAUGUAAAUAUUGUGUAGUGUACCUCAUUCUGUUGAAUAAUAAAUAAAUAAAAUAUUAUUUUAUUUAUUUUCGCAGAUCUAGUAAUUACGUCAUCAUGUUAAUAAUUAAAAUGUCCUCAUUUGUUUUUAUCGAAUCCAUAGUUAGAGAACGUGACAAGAAUAUGUAUUUCUGCACAAUUGGUAAUUACGAAAUUAUGUAACAUAACUGAUAGAGGCAUCUUUCAUAGUUAUCCGUGUGUGCUAUCUCAUAUGACAGACCCCUUCAGUGCUUUCCAAUCUUAAUAUUUUCUAGAAUUUAUUGAAUGUGAUUAUCUAUAUCUCAUUAUUAAUUUAUUAAGGCUAUUUGUUAU